AUGUUUUGCCUAUCCUUGGGAGUACGUCAGAUCGACGAAGUGCUCCCUGCGGUUGCGUACGCGUUUCUUUCCGGCCUCAAUGCAUCAACGGUGGGCAUUGUCGCGCUUGCUGCUGUCCAGCUUGCAGAAAAAGCUAUCAAAGAUCGACUCACUCGUAUCUUGGUUCUCUUCGGUGCUUGUGCAGGAAUGUGCUAUACGGCAUUAUGGUACUUUCCUGCCCUCAUCAUAGCCGGCGGUAUUGUCACAGUCAUCUGGGAUUUGUUCUUGAGGCAGCAAAUUGAGGGACUAAAGGCCAAACGAGAGGCCAAAAAGCGAGUUCAGUCUCGCCUGUUGGACCGCGCUGUGGUCGAAGCAAGCAAUUCAGUCGAGUUGCCUGGGCGCAGCACUGGAACAAGUCAGCCUGCCAGUGGUGUCCAACGAAGAUAUGCAGCGCAAACGAAUCCUGAUACCCAAGCAGUUCCGGAGACUGGCAGUGCUUGUGCGAUGAACGAGGUUGACCGUACGGACAUGAAGUCAUACGCAAUUCCUAUAUCUAUUGGUCUUACUAUAAUUGCAGCAUUUUUUGGUUCGUUCAUUGCCAUACUUGCUGCCCGAGGGGUAUUGAGCGAUCCGCCUAGACCACUCGAUCUCUUCGCCAACAUGUACCUCGCUGGUACUAUCAUUUUCGGCGGCGGGCCUGUCGUCAUUCCCCUUCUGCGCGAAUAUGUUGUUGAGCCUGGCUGGGUUUCAACGCGAGAUUUUUUGAUUGGUCUCGCCAUCAUCCAGGCAUUCCCUGGCCCGAAUUUCAAUUUCGCUGUCUACCUUGGAGCGCUUGCAAUUCUUGGGACGCAGCACUCCACCGUGUUAGGUGCAUUCAUCGGCUUCAUGGGUAUAUUUGUGCCGGGAAUUACACUGGCUGUGGGAUUCCAGAGCCUUUGGGGGACUUUGAGGGACAAACCGCUCGUGAGCAGUAUGUUACGUGGCAUCAAUGCCGCUGCUGUUGGUCUAGUCUUUACCGCUGUCUACCGACUGUGGGAGAUUGGGUAUCUGACACAAGAAGCCUCGAGCGGACAAAGCUUAGGUCGAGAUCCAUGGUGGGUUGUAGUCACCACUCUGACAUAUGCCAGCAAUGCAUGGUUUAGAGUGCCCCCUCCCAUAGCUAUUAUUGGUGGGGGGAUUCUGGGCCUUUGCUGGUAUGGCGCAGUCGGAUCCUGA